AUAACUUGCCCCAAAAGCUCCUAGUUCAUUAUUUCCCUGUAAAUAUGCUGUGUCUGCCCGAGGCCAACCAUAAUUUCAACAAUCCACAGGCCAAAACAGUGGCCAGACGUGGCCGGUGCUAGUGAUUCUCCAGGGACCCUUUGGCUGUUUCAUCUGCACUUGAAGAGAUGGAGAGAUUAGUUUUCUUGUUCUCUCUGAUGGCCCUUGCAGUCCUUCACUGCAUGAACACCACUCCAGACUUCCAAGAGCCUGUUGUGAUACUGCAGAUUGGUAUUGCAGUGUUGGUGGUGGUAUGGUUCUUCUAUUUCCUUAUCACCCGACGCAACCCGCCCAAAGACACCCUUUUCUAUGUGUUUGCUGAGUUUUCCUUCACUUGUGUCAUUGACCUUGUGAGUGCUAUGGAACAUGAUGGUUUUAUUUCCGGGUUUAUGGAAUUCUACCAGAAAACGGGAGAGCCCUAUCUGGGUACAGCCUAUGCCAUCAUGAUGUGCUACUGGGAUGGAAUAGUGCAUUUCAUCAUGUACCUCAUGAUGAUACAGCGCUUAUGGAACAGCAAGUCUUACCGCACCCUGGGUCUCUUCUGGGCAGGAUCGUUGUUUGCCAACAUGAGUGUCUUUGUGACAGGAAUUGUUGUAGGUAAAUUUGGAUCAGAUAUCCGUCCCGCCUUCUGGCUCAACAUGCCCUUCCUAAUGCUUCCAAUAUGGGGUGCGAUCAAGCUGUUCAACCAGCCCAAGAAUGGGCCAACCCUCGGUGGAUACAGGGCCCACUAUGAUCAGAGUUUUAAUCUCAUCUGGCGCCCUACAGACCUUCUCCUGGUGCUGCUGCUACUGGGGGCCAUGGCCUUCACUCUCUUCAGGGGCUUGGUAGCUCUUGACUCCCCUCUAGAGGCCUGUACCAUCUACCUCCGCCAGUACGAGCCCUAUCUGAAGGACCCGGUGGGCUACCCCAAGGUUAUGAUGUUGCACUUCCUGUUCUACAUGCUGCCUAUGCUGGGUGCCUUCAUCUACGGACUCGUAGUGCCUGGCUGCACCUGGAUGCCUGACUGGACUGUAUUCGUUGCUGGAGGCGUUGCCCAGUGUCAGUGGGCCCACAUUGGGGCAUCCCUCCACCCACGUACAGUGGCCCCAUUCCGGAUCCCAGACGAGGCCUUCCUGGCUGUUCUGGCAGCCAACCUGCUGUACGCUGUGAUCCCCUCACUCAUCGCCAUGCGCUGCACCAGUAACACAAACUUCUUCUUGACUGUCACUAAACUUCCUGGGAUGGAGGGGAUGCCCUGGGUUCCUGAUGCUGACACCCUAGUCGAGAAGAAACACAAUUAAAGUUUACAUACUAAUAAAGUUACCAAUAAAGAUAUUCAAAUAAG